CAUACACAUAUAUACACACAUACACAGAGGCACGCGCGUCACGUACACGCGUGGAUAACGCGCGCGUAGAAAGAUUUUCACUGCCUCGGGCGAUCGCCCUCCUCUCGCUCGCUCUCGGUGCGCCCGUCGGUAAUCGCGCGCCCCUCGCCGAUCCCAAGGAAGGAAGGGCGUCCGCGCGAAUCGGUAACCGGGAACGCGCUUCCUCGGAGUACGCGACUACGCGGUGGUGACGUUCGAUCGCGCGGCCACUUCCUCGAGUGACACACUUUCGACCGCGCGAGAGAAACGAAACUCUCUCUCUCUCUUUCUGCUCGGCGGGCAGCAGGAGGUGGCGGACUGUGCGGAAUAGUGUGAUUAACCUCGAGUGCACGCCAACGCAACCUGCGAGGACGCAGGCAGGUGGGAGCCUUGCAGUGUGACAUGUCAGUGCGUGGUCGGGCGUAGUGACCGUUCGAGCGUCGAGUUUCAUCGCCAGUGCGAGCCCGCGGCUCCGAUCGGUACGUCAUCGCAGAGGUCCGUCGCGCGCGUAUCAAUCGGCGGAUCGCGUUCGAGUGCGGGCUGACUAGCCGCGCGCCGAGAGUGGUCUUAUUCGCCGCCGUGUGACUCGUGCGAGCUUACACCCGCGCGUUCCACAGACCCGGAGGAUCCCCAGGUGCGACGAGGGGCAUCAUGUGUCCCCGAUUGCAGCCCUCCGAUUGAGUCGGCGAUUCGGUGUCGCGCGAUCGGCACCGACACGCGCGUGUGUGUUGUGCCGCGACCAGCCCCGGUCGUACCGCAUCCGAAGGCAUCCCUCGCCGUGACGCGAGGAGGUGAUCUCGCGGAGGGCCAGCCGUGUACCACCACAUUCCCGCGCUGCAAGGAGGACUUGGAACCUCGCGAGGAUGCGGGACCGGCUUUCGUGGUACAUGGUCUUCCUGAUCCUGCCAACGAUCUUAUUAGCCAGGUCGCUCGAUAAAGAUCGACGCGUGCCCUACAAUAUACCGUCGGACUGGCGGGCCCUUUGGUUCAGCAAUAUCGACGAGCUGCAGAGAGUGAACGACGCGAACGACAACAACACCGUCUCGAACGUCACGGUGCAAUUGGGCGGCACCGCCUUUCUUCACUGCAAAGUUCGCAAUUUGGCGGAGAGGACCGUUUCCGAUGCCGAGAUAUCGUGGAUCCGCCGGCGUGAUUUCCACGUCCUAACAAGCUCUAUGUUCACAUACACGAACGACGAGCGAUUUCAAGUGCUGCAUCCCGAGGGCUCGGACGACUGGACCCUUCAAAUAAAAUACGUCCAAGAGAGAGACAACGGGACGUACGAGUGUCAGGUCUCGAGAAACACAGGGAUACUGUCACACUUCGUCAAUCUAAAUAUAGUGAUACCAGAGGCGUUUAUAUUAGGGAGCGACGAGCAUCACGUCGACGUAGGAUCUAUCAUAAACCUCGUAUGCAUAAUAGAGAAGAGUCCAACGCCGCCGCAAUACGUGUUCUGGUAUCACAAUAACCGGAUGAUAAACUACGACACCACGCGCGGCAGCGUGGUCGUACAAACUGAUCCAGGACCAACUCAGAGUCGGCUGACAAUUCGCCAGGCGGUGGAGUCCGACACGGGUAAUUACACGUGCAGCGCCUCCAACACCAAACCGGCAUCGAUCUUCGUCUUCGUCACCGAAGGUGACAAGAUGGCAGCGAUACAGCGUCGCAAGACGUCGGCAGCGAAGAGGAAUCUGGCGGGCGUGCUGGUGUCGGCGGUAGUCGUCGUAGCGGGCGUCGUUUUAGCGCGAUAAGCGUUUCACUUCGAAAUGUCCAUAACUAUUACACCAUUACUUCCGUUUGUGAUAGAUAGUAUAUUACUCCCGGGACUUUACGGUCCACCCGCCCGCCCUCCUUUUUCAUUCCCCUGCUCCUCUCAUCCUUGCCCUCUCGCCCUCCUCGUCGCCCGUUACCGCGUCUCAUUCUCCGCGGGUCUUCACUUCUCUCUUCCUCCUCCCCCAUCGUUCCCGUCUUCCGUUCCAUCUACCACCUUCUCCCCUCCUCCCUUAUUCCUUAUUUACCUUAGUCGAGGUUGCCGCCGGCUGGACUACUUAGAUAUGCGAGAUUUUCGUGGAAGAUUGCGCGAUUGCCUGCUCCAAGUCAUUACGCGCGACGCGCAUGCGACUCGAAUUAUGUAAAUACUCGCCGGUAAUCGUAAUCUCUCGGGUUGAAUACGCCAGCAGGACGGAUUACGUAUAGGCCACGGCCUGUCCAACUUCCGGGCGGCGGAUGAACGGUCCGUUCGUCCGCUGAAUCGAUCGGCCGGAAAAUUCGACUAUCGCUCGGUCGGCUAGCGCGCGAUCCAAAGAUAACGACCGACCGCGUUCCCUCCUCGUCCGCGAGGGAAAUAUCAACUCUAACGUGUCAAAAUAAUCACUCCGAGGGAGACGCUGAGAGCGGUCUCGCGAUCACACGGCGAUCGGAUCAGCCGAUCUUCUCUCGUCGAAUCGGUCCCGAUUUAAUCCUCACGCGGCAAGAAUAAUCUUGCCCGCUCUGUGUCUCGCUCUCUUCCCCUCCCCUCCUCUAUUCCCCCUCCCUCUUCCUCUUCCCAGUCACUUUGUAUUUUUAGACAUUAUUUUCCACGGGAGUUAUCAGCCCUCCGCCGUUCCAUCUCUGCGUACUUUUUUCUACAAGACCCUUCAAGCGAAACGAUGUCGCGCAAAUCGAGCUGAACUUCGCCGAAGGGCGAUUAUCGUGUCGGUACGCGAAGAAUGUAUCGCACAGUCGCGGUUUUAAAGGGCCCGCUAGUUGGACAGGCCUGUCGUAGGUCCACCGGGCGGCGGCGGACACGUGUCGCGGACACGUACACACGGGGCCCACGGCGUUACCUUUCAGGGGCCCACCAACCACGUAGCAUCGUUUUCUCUCGCCCAAAAACACUGUACACAUCGGAUACGUAGCGAUUAAGGUUCAACGGUUCUUUCUGUAUAUCCUAAUUUAAGGGUAAGACGCGCGCGCGAAGAUACAAACGUAA